GUGGGAUCUUUUUCUUUACUUUACAAUUUUUAUGAUACGUUUUAAAUACUAAAAGAUUAAAUUUUAUGCAAGUUUCUUUCAUACUCCUAUUUAAAAGACAACAAAAUAUGUGGCAACAUGUACGAUAUAGCAGACGCUUUCAGUGGAGGAUUCAAGUUGAAUAUUGAAAAAAUAAGCAUAUCAGAUAGGUUUAAGGUUUAAUAUUUACUUUUAAUAUGAAAUUAAAUGGAAAAGUUGGAAUGGUAACAGGUGGCGCAAAAGGUAUAGGAAAGGCAUUUUGUAAUGCUCUGUUGAAUGAAGGAAUGAAAGUCAGUAUCUGUGAUAUUAAUGAAAAUGUUGGUAAAAAUUUUCAUGAAGAUAUUCUUGAAGGCCAGAAAAGUAAAGUCAUAUUUUGUAAAUGUGAUGUUUCAUCUGAAAGUGAAUUCAGAGCUGCAUUUGAUAAAACUAUAAAGACUUUUGGAAGGAUUGAUUUACUCAUAAAUAAUGCUGGCAUACUCAAUGAACAUGAAUGGAAAAGAGUAAUCGAUGUGAAUUUUGUAAGUACUUUAAAACUUCAUAUGUAUUGUUUUUAAUACAACCUAUCAAAAUAUUUUAUAAUACAUGUUU